UUUACAUAGAGAUAACUCGGUUCGGCUGCAUUCUUUAUGCAGCUACAUUAUAAACCAUUUAGUGCACCGUUCGAGUUGUUAUAGACAUGGCGCCUGAGAUCAAGUAUACAAAGCUGUUCAUCAAUAACGAGUGGGUGGACGCUUGCAGCGGUUACACUUUCCCCGCCCACACCCCUCACGACGGGUCCGUCAUAGCCGAAGUCGCUGAAGGAGAUAAGGCUGACAUCGACUUGGCGGUAGCCGCGGCGAAGGCAGCAUUCCACCGCGACUCAAAAUGGCGUCUGCUGGACGCGUCAGCUCGCGGCCGGCUGCUCAGCAAGUUUGCCGACCUAGUCCAACGCGAUGCGCAGUACCUUGGCGAACUGGAUUCUUAUAACACAGGGAAGAACAUUCGCAUGGCGCUCGGGAUUGUGCAGAAGGGAGUCAAUGGAGCGCGCUAUGCUGCCAGCUUGGCGGACAAGAUCCAGGGUGAUACUAUUCCUGCAGAUGGUGAUCUAUUUUCGUACACCCUGAAACAGCCCGUCGGAGUCUGCGGUUUAAUUUUACCGUGGAACGCUGCUAUAUUAAUGUUUGUAAACAAAGUCUGCACGGCGUUGGCUGCAGGUUGCACAGUGGUCGUGAAACCUGCGGAGCAGGCUCCUCUUACGUCCCUAGCCUUAGUGACUUUGCUGAAGGAAGCAGGUAUCCCUGCAGGCGUCGUCAAUGUGGUGACAGGGUUCGGACCCGGCGCAGGGACCGCGCUAACACAUCACCCUGAUGUUGCUAAGAUCUCCUUUACUGGGUCUCUUGAGGUUGGCAAGCAAAUUCAGCAGGCGGCCGGAAAAGCGAAUCUUAAGCGAGUGACACUUGAACUCGGCGGCAAAAGCCCUCUGGUAAUCAUGAACGAUGCUGACUUAAACUUAGCGGUAACUUGGGCUGCGCAUGGAGUCUUCGGUAACCAGGGACAAAUGUGUUUCGCCGCGUCAAGGACGUUUGUGCAGUCAGGCAUAUACGACACGUUUGUGAAGAAGGCCGUGGACUUUGCGAGGAAUAUAAAAAUUGGCAAUCCGUCUGACCCUGACGUAGACCAUGGCCCUCAGGUUGACGGUGACAUGAUGAACAGAGUUCUCGCCUACAUCGAGAAGGGAAAACAAGAAGGUGCAAAACUAAUGACCGGUGGAAACCGGAUAGGCACAACCGGGUACUAUAUCGAGCCUACAGUGUUUGCUGACGUUGAGGACCACAUGACCAUAGCCAAGGAAGAGAUUUUCGGGCCAGUGCAAUGCAUCUUCAAGUUUGAGACGCUGAAGGAGGCGAUUGAUCGUGCUAAUAACACUAACUACGGUCUCGCGUCGGGGAUUUUCACCAAGAACAUCAAUGACGCCUUGCACUUUAGUAAACAUGUAGAGGCUGGAAACGUUUGGAUAAAUACAUAUUUGGCUUCAACAGCGCAAACUCCUUUCGGGGGAUUUAAGGAUUCGGGACUUGGGCGUGAAAAAGGAAUGGACUGCGUGGAAGAAUACCUUGAAAUAAAGACUGUCACCAUAUCCUUGCCAAAAACGAUUUAAGAAUUACUUUACUCUCUUAAUAAAUAAUAAUCAGAAGUUUUCUCAAGAACCGACUGCGCAGCAUUGUGACUUGCAAUUUUACUUACUUACAUUUUUUUUAAUACCACGUCGGUGGCAAACAGGUAUACGGUCCGCCUCAUGGAAAGCGGUCACCGUAACCUAUGGACGCCUGCAACUCAAGGAGUGUCACAUGCGCGUUGCCGACUCAUUAGAAACUUGUACACUCCUUUUUUGAACAACCCCGUACUGUAGUUCAUCGGGAUUUUAUUUCAUUUUAUUUUAUCCAGAAAACUAACAGCUUAAGAUCUAAGACUAAAUUAGCAAAAAAGUGCAUCUGAAAAGCCAAUUACAGAAAUAAUUUAACGUAUAACUAGCUGUGGUCAUUCACUUCAUUUAUGUAAUCACCACUUUAUGUGGUCUGGCAUGUUUAAUUCUCAUAACAUUAAUUAUGUAUAUGUAAUAAUUAUUAUGACAUAAUCCUGUAUGUGUAAAGAUGUAUCAUCAAUAAAUAAAAUAUUUGCAACUCAU